AGGGAUUUGAGAUUGGAAAGUGGGAAGGGAGGAAUUGGACAACCUCACUGGACAACUCAAAAUCGAAUUCAUUUGCUUUAACGACUCAAAAUUAGCAGUGGGGUAGUAUAGCCUACUAAAACUGUCUUUACAGUAGCGGAAGCCCAUGAAUUAGGACUACCCUUGCCACGUCUUGGCAAAAAAAGUCAAAAUUGGCGUUUCCUGGCUAGAGCUGUAUAUAUUUUUUUAUAUUAUUGCAAAAGUUUCCACUGCAUCAGCAUUUGUUUCGUGCAUGUUUGGGCGUGUUCUUUGAUACUUUUUGACGAAAUAUCGCAAACUAUCACUCCACAAGGAUACCAUCAACGUGUGACUUAUUAACUGGGCGUUGCUACUUUUUUUUCUUUCUGAAAAAUCUGUUCCAAAGCUCGGAGUUCAAGUAAACUGGUUAAAGAGUUUUCAAACUAGGCCUUUACAUUUGCAAAUACAAGAAAAUGUCUGGAGUCAACAGCAUCGACGCGGUAAAACGAAAGAUCAAAGUUUUACAGCAACAGGCAGAUGAAGCGGAGGAGAGAGCAGAAAUUCUUCAGAGACAGGUCGAGGAGGAAAAAAGAUCAAGAGAGCAGGCUGAGGCUGAGGUGGCUUCCCUGAACAGGCGUAUCCAGCUGGUGGAGGAGGAGUUGGACAGGGCCCAAGAGAGACUGGCCACCGCUCUGCAGAAGCUGGAGGAGGCAGAGAAAGCUGCAGAUGAGAGCGAGAGGGGCAUGAAGGUGAUUGAGAACAGGGCUCUGAAGGAUGAGGAGAAGAUGGAGCUGCAGGAGAUCCAGCUGAAGGAGGCCAAGCACAUCGCUGAGGAGGCCGACCGCAAAUAUGAGGAGGUGGCUCGUAAGCUGGUGAUCAUUGAGGGAGACCUAGAGCGCACAGAAGAGAGGGCAGAGCUUGCUGAGGCCAAAGCCAGGGCACUGGAUGAGGAGCUGAGGGGAUUUGACCAAUCUCUGAAGACCCUGCAGGCCUCUGAGGACCAGUACUCACAGAAAGAGGACAAGUAUGAGGAAGAGAUCAAGAUCCUGACUGACAAGCUGAAAGAGGCUGAGACUCGUGCUGAGUUUGCUGAGAGGUCUGUGGCCAAGCUGGAGAAGACCAUCGAUGACCUUGAAGAGAUGCUGGUGUCAGCCAAGAAGGAGAAUGUGGAUCUGCACACCACCCUGGACCAGACCCUAGCAGAGCUCAACAGCUUCUAAAAUCUCUGGAGUCCACUAGAUCCCUCCUUCUCCUCCUUACUCACUCAUCUGAUUUCUCUCUCUCUCCUCGCUUCCUUUUCCUCACUCUUGUCACUCUAGCUUUCUCAUACACUUUCUGCUGCAGAGACUACUUUCUGUGUGCAAAUUGCACUGGGAUUUCACCCCUUCAUGCUGACCACUUAGACUUCUUUGUGCCACUGUCUGAAGUCUCUGGCCACUUGAUGAAACACUCUUGGUUCAAAGUAUUUGUUCCACCGUUAUUGUUAAUCAGUAAAAAUACACUUUCGGCACAAUCUAAGGUUUAUUUUUAUUUUUUUGUACUGAUAAGGCCUACUUGUAACAAAGAACUGUCUAAACAAAUCUGGAGAAAAGGCACAGAUGAUAAUAUACACAAAAUCAGACUCCCUUGCUUUACAUUUAGUUGCUGGUUGCCUCAAGGCCUAGCUCCAUUCUAGCGCUUUGUCUUGUCAUGGUGGUUGGUUAAGCUUUACUUACUACUCGGUUAAAUGGAGCCACCAACACACUGGAAGUGUUGAUGCAUCAUUUCUGAUUGCUGGGUUUGGGGCAUUCAUGCAUUCUCCCUUCCAUUUCAUACCAGUGUGUUUUGGGAUCAAGACCACUUUGGGUAAUCCAUCCAGAGGACUUCAACAGUUAAACGUGUUCUAUGUCAAAUGUUUUUUUUUCUGGUUUUACCUGUUCCUUUAAGGGGUUUGUGUAUUUUGAAGGUAAAUGUGUUUUUGAUUAUCAUACUUUUGUCCUCAUUAUACCCAUAUCUACUUUUACCAAACACUGCACUUGUAUGAUACACUAACUGUUGCCCCCACCUCAGUUUUAGAAAAUAUAAAUCUUGUAUACUUAAGAUUUAUACUGGGUUAAAAUGUCAUUUGGCUAGAUCAUCUUAUCAAGAAUGGGUCAUUUGAUCAAAGUGGGUUGCAAAGGGGAGUGUAUGUCUCACAUCUAAUGGACAGAUUUCAACAGCAGUGCUGAAAGUUAAGGGUUUAAUGGGAAUAGCAGAUCCAUGUGAAAACAACUGUAAACAUUGAAAACUACACAAUUAGGAACACAAGGUUUGAACUGGAAAACUAACUAAAGAAACAUAUGUAUAAUCACUAUUUAACCACGUUGUUCCUUUUUGUAAUGAUUUUUUGGGGUUUUAUGAAUAAAGACCAUGAUUUUUACGGAUAUAGAAA